AGGUAAUUAAUCUCUACGCUUCUCUCUCUGCAAUUACUCCUUGAGGGCAUCUCUCUCUAGAACAUUGAGUAUUGCUGACUUGAGCGUUGGAGUGUUUUCCCCGAGGAAACAUCAUCGGGAUUUUCAGGUGUAGAAGCAGCUGAAGACUUCAACAGUGUUGGAUUGUGAAGCUGCCGAAACAUUGGCGCCGUCUGUGGGAACCGAACAAGAAGUUGCGUAACUUAACCUGCUGAAAGACAAAAUGGUUCGAACUUUUACAGGAGGUCACCCCCCAAGGAAUGAGGUGAACGAACAGGAGGACGCUCAAGUAUCUGAGCCCGGAUUGAAUGAUUUUAGGCCAAUGCCAAGAAACCUCUUCGUCGGGGGAGCCGAACAGGACCACCUAAGUGAAACAGAUGACGAGAGAACACCAACUGGAUACGCAACCCAACCUGAACAGUUCCAAGUUCCAACAGGAACAAGACAAAGACCUUCUAGACCGUACAAUUCACAACGUGAACGACCUGAAAGGUCAACAGAACCUGCUCGGACAACCGAGCUCGAAGGGAGAACUAGAGUUCUCGAAAUGGCAAUGGGUAAAAUCCUUGCUCGCCUAAUUCCUGAUGACCCCCUGAUUCCUUUGCUGAACAGGGACACACAACCAGCUGCGGUUGUUGCAACUAGAAACUCCCCCGCUCUAAGCAAUAUAGUAGUGCCGACCAGGCCAAGGGGAAGUGGGAAGUUGAACAUCGAGCCCAGCUCGUCUAAACACAGUGAAGAACUGAUGAGAAAGAACGCAGACCUCGAAAGACAGCUGCGGGACAUACAAAAGUCUAUAGACGAGCUGAAAAGUCCCAGGUCUCAUCAACAGACUCUGGAUUUGGAUAGCGCACCACUAAACUUAUCCAUUACGGCAGAGCCGUAUCAAGAGGGAUUCAAAAUUCCCCACCUGGAGACGUACGAUGGCACGGGUGACCCUGAUGAACAUCUGCACACCUAUCAAGCCAUCAUGAGAAUCCAAAACGCCAAUGAUGCCAUGAUGUGCAAAGUGUUCCCAGCAACACUAAAAUCGACAGCCAGGAGGUGGGAUUACAUGCAGCGGUUCAACAAAGCCACCUUGGACAUUGAUAAUGUCCCAGACACGAUUUGCCUGUCCGCCCUGUUGCAUGGGUUGAAGUGUGGCCGGUUCCUAGACGACCUGCUUGAAAACCCACCAAAGACGUGGAAUGAGGUGAAUGACAGGUCGGCCAGCUUCAUACUAUCUGAAGACUUUCAGUCGUCCAAGCGACGAGCUGAUGACAAGCCGAACAAAGGCCAGGAACAGCAACCGAGAAGAGAAGAGAAGAAGAAGCAGAAGGUCAGCGAGCAAUGGGGGAAGCCAGCUGAGUUCCCAAAAUAUGCCAAUUACAUCCCUUUGACCUUACCGAGGUCUCAAAUCCUGGCACAAAUCCAGCACUGGGUUAGGAGACCCCCACCCCCUCUGCAUGACUCCCCGAGGGCAGACAAGAGCAAACAUUGUGACUACCAUCGUGUAUAUGGCCACAAUACAGAGGAUUGCCAACACUUGAAGGACGAGCUGGAGUUUUUGGCUCGCAACGGGAAGCUAGAAGGGUAUGUUCAGAAGUCUCACCCUCAGCACCCCACUCAAACCCAUUUUGUACAGGCAUACGACCGACCUCAAGGACAGAGGUACCAGCACGGUGGGACGCAAGAUGCCUAUCAGGAUAACCAGUAUCCUUCUGAGCAGGGCAGAGCAUACCGAGGACGUCCGUUCAACAGAAGAGGGCAGGGACCGAGAACUACCGCCCUGAAUCAAAAGGACAAGAAAGGGGUAGGCUAUACUAGGAUACCCCCACCCUCUGGUACCAUCAACAUGAUAUCAAGCGGUGUUCACUCCGGGGGCCAAAGCGCCCGAGCCCGCAAGGCCUACGCCCGACAGGUGAUGACUGUCAACAAGAACAGACCCUUAAAGCGACCAUUUGAGGAAGCGGAAUGGGAGAAUACACCUAUUACAUUUAGCCCGGCAGACUACAAGCGAGCAGAAGGAGAGCCUGACAUUAUGAUGCCCCAUGCAGAUCCUUUUGUGGCAACGGUUCAUAUAGGCAAUCAUAAUGUCAACAAGGUGUUUAUUGACACUGGCAGCUCACCGGAUAUCCUGUACUGGAGUUGCUUCCAGAAGAUGCAGCUGGAUCCGAGCUCGCUGCAGAGGCACGAGGGGCCAAUAUAUGGGUUUGAUAACCAGCCCGUUCCGGUAGAGGGAGUUAUCACUCUUCCUAUAUAUGUGGGCUCAGAACCACGCUUCAGGAUGGCUUCCGUCACCUUCCUGGUCGUUAAGAUGGAAUCAGCUUUCAAUGCUAUAUUAGGAAGAGCCACCCUGUGCGAGCUGAAGGCUGUCAUCUCGCAACCCCACCUCUGCAUGAAAUUCCCAACUCCUCGGGGGGUAGGAGUGAUCAAGGGGAAUCAAAAGAUGGCUAGAGCCUGUUAUCAAGACACGUUCAAGAAGGUCGAGCUCGUCGCAGUCCCGGCGAGUGUCGAAGGUCGAAUGCCAACCCAGCUAAGUCAACAGACAAUGAGUAUAUCAGACAAUGAGUAUAUCAGACAUUGAGCAUCGACCUGAGGGCGUUGAGCAGAAGGCAGAGCCAGUAGAGCCAGUGGA